AUGGCACCAAGAGGAAGAAGAACCGCUAGGGGAAGAGGCACUGCAACACGUGUGGUUCGGGAAGCUAGCCCGACCAAUUCUGUGGAAAGUGUGAAUGGAACUAACACUGAGACUGAUGGUGGAAGCUCAACAAAGCGGAGUCAGCAGAGUGACCAACCAGCAGGAUAUGCCGAAAUGAUGGCAGAGUUGCAAAGAUACCGUGAGCGUUUUGGAGAUCAAAUGCGUGAAGAAUCCGCUGAUGGAACACCACACCAGGCUGAUGCACGCGGGUAUGUACCGGGUGUUGGAGUGUGUCACCGUCAUCCGCCUCCGCCCCCACCGUUUGUGUCAGCUCGUGUUCGUGGACCCACCUACUGGGAAGUGAUGAAGUACAUGAGGGACAUGCAAAUGGAUCAUUUCAGUGGGAAGGCCAGUGCCACCUCUGCAGAUAACUGGAGGAGGAAGCUGGAGAAGAACUUGGAUGCAGCCAGGUGUCCAGCCGAGUUCCGAAGGGAAUUGGCUGUUCAUUACCUGAAAGACGAAGCCAUGAUAUGGUGGGAAAGUGUCGUGGAAUUAGCGCGAGGACGCUAUGAGUUGACCUGGGAGGACUUUAAGGAUGAGUUCACCCGAGAGUAUGUUCCCCCUGAGGCUACAGACAAGAUGGAGAACGAAUUUGAGAAUCUGCGCCAAGGGAACAAGACAGUGAAAGAGUAUAAGGAAGAGUUCAAUCGUUUGAGAAGGUUCGCCCGCAGACGCAUGGAUGAGCAAGACCUGAUUCGCAAAUUCAUGAAUGGACUAAGGGUUGAUUUGAAGAACAGGUGUUCCCUUAGGAAGUAUGACCGUUUUGCGGAACUUGUUGAGACAGCAGCCUUACAGAAGAUUGGCUUGGAAGAAGAAAGCAAGCUUACAAGGAGCACUCAGUCAAAGGCGACCAAGCGAACUUGGGAAGUCGCCACCACAAGCCGCAAAAAAGAAGGACACACUUCGAAUGCAUGUCGUAUGCCAGCGCAGGGAGCACCGCAGCAGGGAGCACCGCAGCAGGGAGCUGGGCGCAAUGAGCAGUUACCGUCACCACCAAAAAGACAAGAUGUGGCUGGACGAGCCUUCGUAGUCGGGGACCACGAAGAAGGAGAACCGAUCGUUGGAUCGGUUUUAGUUGGGGGAAUAAAUGCCCAUGCCUUAUUUGAUACUGGCGCAACACAUAGUUUUGUGUCUCCCACUUUGACAAAGUGUUGGACCUUUGAGGGCAUGUUCGUUUCGAAUGCCAAAGGAAUAGAAACCGCAGGGACCGAGUUAAUGAGGUCUACUGGAAUGUAUGAGGAUGUCCCCAUCGUCAUAGAAGGCAUUGAGCUUAAAGGAAAUUUGGUGGAGAUGGAGUUAAACCACUACGAGGUGAUCUUAGGCAUGGAUUGGUUGACAUAUCACAAGGCCGUGAUGGAUUGCCCAAAGACGCGCGUCUACAUCCCUAGGACUGAAGGGACAAUAUUUUUCCAAGGGAUAAAGAGAAGUACAUGA